AUGCCACUCACAGUAGCUAAGAGGCUUGGGUUCGAGAAGUAUCAAAAGUGCGACGUUUCCUUGGUACUUGCGGAUAGAUCAGUACGCAUCCCAGUGGGUAUGCUCGAGGACUUGCCUGUGCGAGUAGGAAACGUGGAGAUACCCACUGACUUUGUUAUCCUUGAGAUGGAUGAAGAACCCAAGGAUCCGCUGAUCUUGGGAAGGCCCUUUUUGGCAACCGCUGGAGCUAUCAUCGAUGUUCAGAGAGGGAAGAUUGAGCUAAACUUUGGAGAUGACUUCAAGCUCAGCUUCGACAUCAAGAGAUCGAUGAAGAAACCAACCAUUGAUGGACAGCUCUUCUGGGUAGAGACUUUGGAUCAGUUGGCAGACGAGUAUCUAGAGGAGUUAGCCACAGAGGACCAGCUUCAGCUAACCUUGACUGAGAAAGGCAGAGGAAAAGAGCUACUUCAACACCGAAUCCUUGGAACAGAUGACUGGAGCGAGCUCAAAGCCCCAAAGGUGGACCUCAAGACCUUACCAGAUGGGCUAAGGUACGCAUUUCUUGGACCAAAUUCAACUUAUCCCGUAAUUGUGAACCAAGAACUUACCCCACCCCAAUUAACCUCCCUCCUUAAUGAGUUGAGGAAGUUCAGGAGAGCAAUUGGAUCUAUUGAACACCAAAGACGCUUAAAUCCCAACCUCAAAGAGGUGGUGAAAAAGGAAAUCCUUAAGUUGCUUGACGCCGGCGUGAUCUACCCUAUCUCGGAUAGUACUUGGGUCUCGCCGGUACACUGUGUGCCCAAGAAAGGUGGAAUCACAGUAGUCAAGAACGAAAAAGACGAAAUGAUCCCAACCAGAACCAUAACCGGUCACCGAAUGUGCAUAGAUUACCGAAAGCUCAAUGCGGCGACUAGGAAGGAUCAUUUUCCACUGCCUUUCAUCGAUCAGAUGCUUGAGCGGUUGGCGAAUCAUCCUUUCUAUUGCUUCCUUGAUGGCUAUUCGGGAUUCUUUCAAAUCCCCAUCCACCCUAAUGACCAAGAGAAAACACCUUCACAUGUCCCUAUGGAACCUUUGCCUAUGAUGGUAGGAUUUGUGUGUGGGGUGUGA